CGAUGCUUUCUAGUGCCAUGGCCUCCACCAACAAUUAAGAGCUCUUCUAGUUCAAAACAUUUCUUCAAACCGAUGCUAUCUAGUGCCAUGGCCUCCAAAUUCCAACUUGUGUGUUUUUUCCUGUUGUUUGCCUGUGUCGUCUGGUCCUCGCCACUCGCCUCUUGCGGCCAAUCGGAUGCUCACAUGAUGACGAGGUUCGAAGAUUGGAUGAGACAGUAUGGCCGAGUUUACGACAGUGAAGACGAGAAGUCCCUCCGUUUUGAGAUCUUUAAGAACAACGUGAACCAUAUCGAAACCUUCAAUAGCCGCAACGAAAACUCGUACACUCUCGGCAUUAAUCAAUUCGCUGAUAUGACAAAUGAAGAAUUCGUUGCGCGAUACGCUGGUACGUUCUUCCCUCAAAAUAUUGAAUCGGAGCCAACUGCAUCGCUUGAGGACGUAGACUUGUCCAAACUGCCUGAUAGUAUUGAUUGGAGGCAGAAAGGUGCCGUCACGGAAGUCAAGAAUCAAGGCGAAUGCGGUUCAUGCUGGGCGUUCAGUGCAGUUGCGACAGUAGAAGGGCUCUACAAGAUCAAAAAGGGAAACUUGUUAGAUCUAUCUGAACAAGAAGUUUUAGACUGCGCCGACAGCGUCGAGUGCAUAGGUGGUUGGGUGCAGAAUGCCUACAAAUUCAUCAUAUCUAAUAAAGGUGUGACAAAUGAGAAGAGCUACCCUUAUGUGGGAACCAAAGGCAGUUGCGCCGCAAAGGGCAAACCCAACGUAGCAUAUAUUACUGGUUACGAAUUUCUGCCUGCGUUUGACGAAGGCACCAUGAUGGCUGCCGUGGCGCAGCAACCGAUAACUUCCGCCGUCGAUACGAAAAACAAGAACUUUCAGUUUUACAAUGGCGGCGUGUUUAAAGGACCUUGCGGGACAAGGAUUGACCACGCCAUCACCAUUGUAGGGUACGGGAAAGACAGCAGCGGAACACAGUAUUGGUUAAUUAAGAACUCAUGGGGCAAAACAUGGGGCGAGAACGGGUACUUAAGGCUGCAAAAGGGCUCCGGAACAUUACGCGGAGCAUGUGGGAUCGCCCAGUAUGUCCUCCGUCCGCUUCUGAAUUCGAAGGCAACCGCCCAACUCUCUGACACGGGGUCUGAUGGUAUAAGUUCGAUCUAGGAAUGAAGCUACGUCGACGUCUUAGCGAUAUGAAACAAUGCUCGCUCGAGCGUGCGUGUAAUAAGCUAAAAUAAUGAAUAAUGAAUAAUAAUGAAUAAUGAAUAAUGAUGUGCACGUACGUUAGUGUUGGGACGUGCAUUAUUAUAUAUGCUGCGUGCUUUGGCUUUGAGAUCGAGUUUGUAUAUUAGUUUGAUGUGUUUUGUCACCUUCA